AGAUGAUUAAAUCUCCAUCUAUGGAUGGAUGACUGCAAAAAUCACACUGAUAGGCCGAAAGAUAUUUGUUAUUAGCCUCUCAGAGGGGAGUAAAUGGAUGCAUGGAUGUUCUAAAUCUAAAUAUAAACCAGGCUUCAGCAGUGAAUGGUUCGGAUCAAUCACCACUGCAUUUACCUGGUCCCAUGAGGGACGAACUUGGAGAUUCAUCUCAAGCGCAACGGACCGGAGGUGUCCUCUUUGUCUAUUUAAACGCUGAGAUCUGAACGCAUUUUCGCUCCCGAUAUCGGAAAACAUCGGAAAACCUGUUUCUCUGUGAAAAUGGCGAUUCCAACCCUAAUAAUUGCUAUUUCAAUCUCAGCUCUUCUCGUCUGCCAUGGCUUCUGCUCUGCAACUCCUUCCAAGAAAUCAGACGAGCUCAACCACGAAGAAGAAGAAGAAGAAGAUCUCAGCUUCCUCGAAGAAGACGACGCCGGAUCUCCGAUCGGCGGAGAGCAUUCCAUCACCGGCGAACCUGAUCCCGAUUACCUCCCCGACGGCAACGGCGAAUUUGAAAACUUCGAAGGGCUUCCGGACUUCGAACACGGUGACGCGUACCCGCCGCCGCCACCAGAGGUCGACGACGAGGACGUCGUUGUGCUCCAGAAAGGGAAUUUCAGCUCCUUUAUUGAGAAGAAUCGGUACGUGAUGGUGGAGUUCUAUGCCUCCUGGUGUGGACACUGCCAAGCGCUGGCGCCAGAGUAUGCGGCCGCAGCAACAGAACUGAAAGGAGUUGUAGUGCUGGCGAAGGUCGAUGCAACUGUCGAGAGCGAGCUCGCAGAGAAGUAUGACGUGCAGGGGCUUCCGACGGUACUUUUCUUCGCUGAUGGAGUUCAUAAGCCGUAUCGGCAGCAGAGGAACAAGGAUGCUAUAGUGACAUGGAUUAAGAAAAAGACAGGACCAGGUAUUCACAACAUAACCACUAUUGAGGAUGCUGAACAGAUAUUGAGUGCUGAGAGUAAAGUGGUUUUGGGCUUCUUCGACUCUUUGAUGGGUCCAGAGAGCGAAGAACUUGCCACUGCUUCACAACUUGACGACGAUGUCAACUUCUACCAAACUUCCAAUCCUCAUAUAGCUAAGCUUUUCCACAUUGAACCUGAAGCUAAACGUCCAGCUUUGGUGUUGCUGAAGAAGGAUGAUGAGAAACUAAGUUUCUUUGAAGGUCAGCUCACUAAGCCUGCAAUAGUUGACUUUGUCCUUGCCAACAAGCUACCUUUGGUGACCAUUUUUACCAGGGAAAGUGCUCAGAUGAUUUUUGAGAAUCCAAUCAAUAAACAGGUUUUGCUCUUUGCCACGUCAGACGCUUCUGAGAAGGUUUUGCCAAUCUUCCAAGAGGCAGCAAAAUUUUUCAAGGGAAAGCUUGUUUUUGUGUAUGUUCAAAAAGACAAUGAGGACAUUGGGAGACCGGUUUCAGAUUAUUUUGGUGUCACUGGAGAUGGUCCUAAUCUUCUUGGCUAUGAAGGAAGCAAUGAACCCAAGAAGUAUAAGUUUGAUGGGGAAGUGACUUUAGACAGCAUCAAGGCCUUUGGGGAGGGUUUUGUUGCAGAUAGGCUCAAGCCUUUCUUCAAGUCCGAUCCGAUACCUGAGACUAAUGAUGGGGAUGUGAAAAUAGUGGUUGGAGAUAAUUUCGAUAAGAUUGUGCUAGAUGAGUCGAAGGACGUGCUUCUUGAGAUAUACGCACCAUGGUGUGGGCAUUGCCAAGCAAUGGAACCAGCUUACAACAAACUUGCCAAGCAUCUGCGUGGCAUCAGGUCCCUCGUCAUGGCUAAGAUGGAUGGAACAAGAAAUGAGCACCCACGGGCCCUGGCUGAGGGAUUUCCCACUCUUCUCUUCUUCCCAGCAGACAGCAAGAGCUCCGAUCCGCAGAUUGCUGUAGAAAUGGAUCGAACAGCCGUGGCACUGUACAAAUUCAUCAAGAAGCAUGCUUCGAUCCCUUUCAAGCUCCCAAAACCAGAAAAGGCUAUAAAAUCGGAGAACGAAUCUGUGGAUGAAGCUGAGAAGAGCAGCAGCAGAGUUGACCGAAAGGACGAGUUGUAAGGGUUUUAGUUAUGUAGCCUUUGUUUAUCAAACGGGGAGUGGGUUUGUUACGUGGGAAAACAAAAAUGGAGUGCUGAGAAGGAUAUAGUUACAGUUUCUACGCUCACUCUGAAAAUUUGACUGAGGAUUGAAUCUCCCAGAGUAGUCUUGGAGCAUGCAAGGCCGUGAGUGAAUAAAAAGAGUACAUUAUCUUCUUCUUGCUCA